UUCAUGCAAAUCGAACCUGUGGAAAACUAACUCUUUGAGUUUCUAAACCGCUGGAGAUAACACACUGCAAACUGAUCAUUUGGAAAAACAAAAGAACAACAACGAACAACAAAGAACAACACAACUUCUGAAUCACUAACUAUUGUGGUGAAAGGAAGAGCUUGGGAAUGGCCUUUCGUCUGCCUGGUGGGACACCCGAGGAGCACCUCCCGGAUUCUCCGAGGGGACGCAUCCAUGGGUUGCACAUGCUUGCAAGACAAGGCCGUGCGGACAACUUCCCACGUCCAGCAGAGCCUGGCCUCCCUGAAGAGGAAGGUGAGUAUGACAUUGGUCACCGUUUUCCCCCUCUCAGAGAAGAUGAACAUCAAUUUGAGGAGUGGGAGGAUGAAGACCCAGAGGAUGAAGACGACUGGCCUGACUGGUCUGUAGAUCCUGGGUAUGGCUCCAUGACUGAAGAGGGCGAGAACGCAGAGGAAGAGGAGCAAGUGGAUGUUGAAAAUUGUAGUGAUAGUUAUGGUGAUGGUUAUAGUUUUGGUGACGUUGAUAGAGAUGGUGACGUUGAUAGUGAUGGUGGUAGUGGUAGUGGUAGAGGUAGUUAUGGUUAUAGUAAUGGUUAUAGUAAUGGUUUUAGAGAUGGUUAUGGUGAUGGUUUUGUGAUGAUUUUAGUGCUGGUAAUGCUUCUAGUGCGGGUUAUAGUGCUGGUUAUAUUGCUGGUUAUAGUGAUGGUUAUAGUGAUGGUUAUAGUGAUGGUUGUCGUGAUGAUUCUAGUUUUAAUGAUAAUGUCAACAUCCUACCUUACUCCCCUCUCAUCGAGCACUUCUCACCUCCAAGUUUUUGGCAGCAAUUUAAACCACCGCGUCCUUCCUUUCCCACUGGUGAGCCAUUCUGGCACCUCCCAUUUGGUGGUCCGCUGCACGGGCUUCCUGCGCUGCAAGUGA